AUGGCUACUCCAACAGCGAGUGCUGUCCCUGCAGCACCACCAUCACUGUCACUCCCGCCAUCCCAAUUCGCCCGCCUCCAACCUCACGCCUACCUGCUUGCCCACCUCUCCCCUCCUCCGGCGAGUAACCAACCUUCUAUUCGCGCCAAUGGCCGCGCCCCGGCUCAAUUCCGAGUCACAUCAGCCAAUUCAGGCUCUCUUACACACACUAAUGGUAGUGCCGUGGUGCGCGUCGGAGAUACGACUGCUGUGUGCGGUGUCCGCGCCGAGAUUUUGCAUACAGAUGAUAUCGCAUCAUGGAGUGUAUCGCAGGCUUCAUCAGGCAACACUCACAAGCGCCGACGUCUAGGCGAUCUGGGAGGAAAGCCCACCGAGGAAUCUGACGAUACCUAUGCCGAUGCCCAAGAUGAUGAAGACCGAGCUCACAUUCAAGACCUCAAUCUCCUCGUUCCCAACCUUUCUCUGAGUACAGGCUGUGCCCCCGGCUUUACUCCAGGCGCUCCACCGUCGAGUCUAGCCCAAUCUCUCUCUCAUCAAAUACUCUCGCUUCUUCACACUUCCCGCCUCGUGCGAGCGGAUGACUUGCGCAUCUGGUAUCAGCCGCCGAAUCUUGGACGCGAAGAUCUCGAACGACAUAAUGAGGAUGAGGCUAUGGAUGUCGAUGCUGGCCCGGGUGCCGCUGGUCUCAGCAAGCCCCGAGAAAUCAAGGCAUUCUGGGUUCUCUACAUCGAUGUCAUGAUUAUCUCUCUUGCAGGAAACCCCUUCGACGCAGCAUGGGCAUCUGUGCUAGCUGCUUUGCGCGAUACUAAGCUUCCAAAGGCUUGGUGGGAUAUUGAUAAUGAGACGAUUCUCUGCUCCGACGAUGUUUCUCAAGCACGCAAGCUGAGCUUACGAGGAUUCCCCAUUGCUAGCUCGUUCUGUGUCUUUGACGCAGAUGCCGCGGCCGCAUACCGAGCUGUUGUCAUUCCAAAGGCUGAUGAGCCGAAGCGCAGGGGCUUCAAGCAGACUUGGAUCCUGGCUGACCCCGAUGGCUAUGAAGAAGGUCUGAGCCAAGAAAGGGCUUGCCUUGUUGUUGAUAAGGAGAGUAACGGGCAAGGGAAGACCGUGAUUGUGAAAAUGGAAAAGCAUGGCGGAUGGAUAAUCGAUACCGAGGACCUUCGACAGUUGGUGAGCAUGUCGGCUCAAAGAUGGGAUGAGAUGAAGCAGAUCCUCGAACAGUGCUGA